UCAGACACACACACGCUCGUUAAAUGCCCGGUGAGAAUGGCCGCAGUGCUGCCCUUCGCCGGUGAGACGGCCGACAAAAAGAAGCAGAGACUGUCCUCACCGGACUCAACCAACCUGAACAACAACAACGCGACUACCCUGAACAACAUGCCCAUGACCAUGACGCCCGCCCCCAGGGGCCGCGGCCGCAAGUCGGCGCAGACCUUCGUGCAGGCCAUCCCAGGCCAGCCCAUCUCGGUGGCGCGGCGCAACGCCCGCGAGAGGAACAGGGUGAAGCAGGUCAACAACGGCUUCUCCAACCUUCGCCAGCACAUACCCUUCACGGCCAGGAACAAGAAGAUGAGCAAGGUGGAGACCCUCAAGUGCGCCGUCGAUUACAUCCGCAACAUGCAGCUCAUGCUCAAGGAGAACGGCGGCUACCACGUCGACCUGACGCAAAACGUGUCCUCGUCGUCACCCAUGUCCAGCCUGCUGGACGACGACGAGUCCCUGAUGUACGAGCCGGACAAUCUGCCGAGCUCGUCGACAGGCGGUGUCAUCGUCGACGAGUACGGCAACCAGUACUCUGCCUCGGACAUGGUGUUCGACGACUCUCCCUCGCAGGCCUCCGUGCUGACGCCAACCUCCCUGGUGCUCUCGCAGCAUCAGCGCCAGGGCUCGUCCCUGUCGCCAGGGUACAGCGACCGGUCGUCAAACUCGCCGGCCACCGCCUCCGAGGCCACCAGCACCGGCUACAUGGGCGUCUUCGCGGCCGCCGCCGCCGGCCUCGGAAUCAAGGUGGAGUCGCAAAUGGCCCUCAAGAAGGAGAUGCUCGACGACGAGGACCUGAAGUUGUUCCAGAAAGGCGGCUACCUGCAAAUGGACCCCUCGGACAUGGGCUUGAUGGACACUAACCAUUUAUGGUGGGAGCUGGAGCAGUCGAGACGGAUGCAGCAGCAACAGCAGCCGCAGCAACACACGGCGUGAUGUAGCUGAAUUAAUUAGGUUUCAUUUAAAUCGAGUUAAAACCCCUGAAAGGAAGUCUCCUGAGAUCUCGCCGUGGUGCCUUUUCGCUCUCAAAUUGAGGACUCGCCGUCGCCAUUGAGGAUGCCAUUCAUAUCGCUGUACAUAAAUCUGAAUAUUUUUAUAUACGCACUUUACACAACGUCUUUCCGCAUAACUAACGAGCUUCAGGACGUCAGGAACAAAUACAUUUACAAAUUAUGGUGCCUUGUUGUUUCUCCGCUGGAGUUUGUUUCUAUGAAAACCAUAAAGCUGAAAUCCUAUGAGAAUAUUGUGAUAAAUUUUUUAAAAAAGAAAAUCCCAUUCCUGCCGAUGGUCGAUCUUGUUGGAAUUUUAAACAAAGUCGCCGGCCAUCAGCAAUAAAUAGGGAAGUGCAAAAUUCAUCGAUACUAUCUUAUUAGCUCAAAAUAAUCGAUUUUGAAGAAAAUUAUCGGUUUUAUAACGUUCAACAUAUUGUUAUUUUUAAAAACGAAAAAUACGUCAAAUAGAUUAUAACUGAAAGAGGGUGGGAAUUAUGAAAUGGGGACGUGUGGUUCCCCAAAUGAAACAUUUUUACUGACAUAUUCAGCUAAAAUCCUAUCGAUUAAUAGGUUUUGCAUGAUUAUUCAAUUUCCAAAUUCCUCAGAAUUCUAGACUCGUGCUCAUUUUUUUAUUAAAAAUAGUCGAUGACCGGUUUUGCACAUCCCUAGCUAUAAUAAUCAAUAAAUUUUGCUGGCCGCUGUGCCUUGUGAAUGAUAAAUCUCUCCUUGUAUUUGGUGCUGCUGAUCGUUAUCUUGGCCAAUUGAUAUUUUCUCAAUUAUACACACGCCGCCUCUAUCCCGAUUUCCUGUCUUUCACCGUCGUAAACACUUGAUUGUUAGGCCUAUUCUCAUUAAUACUAUGAUCUCCAACUGGAAAUGUUUAACAUUAUAAAAGGUCUUUUAGUUAAUUAGCUCCACUUCCCCAUGAUUGCUUCUAAUCCAAGCUGAGCGCUGGAUCUGUAUUAUAAAAUUAUAUAUAUCCAAGUCUGUACAUAAAAUUGUAACUCAAUUACAAAAUAUUUAUUUUUGUAAAAUAGCCAUUUUAUAUUCGCUCGGAUACACAUUAUUAUUAUGUAUUAGAAUUUAUUAAGGGCGCAGGUUACUUAAUCACGCAUUCCUAAUGUGUCAGAAAACCGAAUAAAGUUGAAUUUAAAGUUAAAUUUGAAAGCAUAGA